AAAAUUUAAUAAAGUAAUGGCCGACGAUAUUAAUGAAGAUAUUGAUCAAGACGAGGAGAUGGAUUAUAGUGACGACCAGGAUGACAGGGAAAUGCUAAAUCGACUUAAACUUGAUCUUGUAAAAAAAGUUGUUCAAUGUGUCAUGUCCUGUUGUACUAAACGUGGUUAUUGCAGAGAUGGGGACAUUGCCGAUGUGUUUACCGAUAGAAAAGAGCGGAGAUUGAAGGAUAAAGUUUUGAAAAUAGUUAAAGAGGAAUUUAUGAAUGUUUUUGGAAUGAAGUUAAAACGCGAUGAUGAUAGUAAACGUUAUUAUCUCUUUAAUGGACUUGGAAGCAAUCUUGCAAUGGACUGGUACGAUAAAAGGUGUGGACCUCUUUCCAAGUCUUUGGCUUCAGAAGUGCGCAGUCUAAACAGUAAUAGUACAAAUAAUGCUUCUGAUGAUGAGGAUCAAGAGAACGAAAAAUUAGUGGAAAAUAGAGACUUUAAACGCUGGCUACUUACCUCAACUUUAAUGUUUAUUUUUAUGUCAAAACGGCAUCAAAGCAAAGGCAAUGCGAACGAAAAAGGAAUUGAUUUUUUGUUGAUUAAAGAAUUUUUGGGUUGGCUUAAAUGUAAUAUACAAUUUGAUCAAGCAUCAGGAGUGGAUGACAUUUUUUAUCAUUGGGGACCACGUGCAGAAACUGUUGUCAGUAAAAAGGAAAUACUCGAAGAAUUCGUAAGGAUUUAUGGUGGAACAAUUAAUGAUUGGCCUAAUCAUGCAAAAGCCGCUGGCGUUAGAAUUGAAAAGAAUUAA